CGAAGCAUCACGUUUCCCCAGGCCUCAUCUCCUCAACGUGCCGGCAUUCUGCACAUCGUGGCCCAAUUCGCCAUAGUUUGGGCGCCCUAGUGCUCUGUUAACGAUGUUUUACCGCAUGUGUACCUGCAUCUUCCUGGUGUAAUCUUAGGGACCCCUAUCCUAACGCCUCCGAUGCAUGGCAGCAACCGUGCCCACAAGACGACGGUGAGUCCGUCAAAAGGCCUCAGUACCCCGGUUGCGUGCUUGCUUUGCUUCCUACGCAAGGCUUCGUACGCAUCAACAGCCUCGUGAUCAAAGUCCAACGGCCUCCGUGCCCAGUCACUCGUUUACAACACACCGCUUCAUUCUUUCAGCGGACAAACACAAAGUAAUAACAAACCCGUCAAUAUGAAGGCCUCUAUCGUUGCUGCAUCAGCACUUGUCGCGUCUGUUGCUGCCUUCGAGCACAAGAAUCACGCUGGUUUCCACCUGCGCCGUGACGCAUACGAGUCCGCUAAGGACGAGAUCUGCACGGUCUACACAACUGUCUACGUCCACGCCCUACCCUCGAUUGUGCCCAACACCACUACCAUCUAUGAGCACUCUACUCCCGUUGCGGUGACCUCAACCUCGUGCACCGAGGGCGAGAAGUCCAGCUCCAUUUACACCCCAAUUGUGAUCUCCACCAAGACAUCUGAGGCCUCUCACCCAGUCUACCCCACUGUCCCAGCUGUACCCGAGGUCUCCAAGCCUGUGGUUCCCGAGGUUUCUAAGCCAGCCCCUCAGCCUUCAAAGCCUGCUACUCCCGAGUAUCCCACCAAGCCCGUCGACACACCCAAGCCCAAGCCCAGCAGCUCCAAGGCUGCUGAUAAGCCCAAGCCCACCGGCAGCUACAGCAAUGGCGGCCGUAUCAUCACCAACGGCAACAAGUGGGCCAUGACCUACACCCCCUAUGCUCCCGAUGGUAACUGCAAGACCGAGGCCGACAUCAAGUCCGACAUCAAGCAAAUCGCCGAUCUCGGCUUCACCACCAUCCGCUCCUACAGCACUGACUGCGGUGUCUUCGAGUAUGUCGUUCCUGCGUGCCAGGAGCACGGCUUGAAGAUUAUCUAUGGCAUCUUCCUCGAGGCCGGCGGUAGCGGCGGCAAGGGCCCCUUCUCACAGUACGCCAACGACCAGCUGGACGAUAUCAAGAACAACGCCCCUAAAGAUGGUGUCGCCAUGGUCAUCGUCGGCAACGAGUGCAUGUUUAACAACAACUGCACCCCUGUGGAGCUUGCCAGCUACAUCGACCACGUUCGCGAGACCCUCCAGGGCGCUGGCUUCCCCAAGGAUAUCGCUAUCACCACCACUGAACCUGUUGGUACAUGGGAAGAGAAGGGCGCUGAGCUAUGCAGCCACAUUGAUAUCUUCACUGUCCAAGUCCACCCCUACUUCACUGCAUCCAUCUCGCCCGAUAUGGCAGGUGACUUUGCGGCUCAGCAGCUUGAGCAGGCGGCUAAGGUGUGCCCCGAGGCUGCUGCUAAGGGCAAGUACAUCUCCGAGAUUGGCUGGCCGAGCGCGGGCAACAACAACGGCAAGGCUAUCGCUGGUGUUGCUGAGCAGAAGGAGGCGAUGAAGAAGAUCAUCGAGAAGGUUGGUGCUGAGGCAUGUCUGUUCAGCUUCAAGGAUGACCCGUGGAAACACCCCGGUUCGCUUAAUGUUGAGCAGCACUUUGGCUGUUCUGAUGCCCUCUCUUACUAAGCUGUGCUCACAUUAGUUCUAGUGGACUAAGAACUGGGUAGUGGUGUCAGGUAGUGAGCAUCCGCAGAGUUGCCUCUCGGAUAUUCUGUAGAGCGCCCUAUGGAUAUAUUCACUGCAUUUACGUAUUCACGCUUGUUUAUGGUUGGAUAAUCCUUCUUGAUGGCGACCCUGGUCGAUGGUUUAACGGCGACCCGAGGUAUUAUUUAGUGUGUAAUUUCUUAAUUUUACUAUGAUCUCGAUCUCCGAAGACAAUGUUGGUGCUUUAC